UCAUCGCAGCCAAGCCGGCUGACAGCCACCUGGGAUAAUCCCGUGCUGGACGUCGGUAGGUGUAGUAUUGACAGUACUCGGAGUCUAGCCCAGCUGCUGAGCUGCUCAGUCAGUGUUUCCACUUCUCAGUGUUUAUCGACAACCCCUCUGCCACACAGCAGGCAGAGACUGUCUCCAGGUUGCUUUUACUGUUUGGGCCAUGGAACCUCUGCGGAAGGAGGCGAAAGAUAAUCCGUCGGCUUCAGCUAAUCUUCUCUCCAAGAUUUUCUUCUGUUGGCUAAAUCCCUUGUUCAGAAUUGGAUACAGAAGGAAGCUGCAAGAGGAUGACAUGUACAAAGUUCUCCCGGAGGAUGCAUCUGAUCGACUUGGAGAAGAACUACAGAGGUACUGGAAUCAAGAAAUUCAACAGGCCGCCCACGAUUUACGGCCGCCUAAACUUACCAAGGCCCUCAUUGAGUGCUAUUGGAAAUCAUACUUGCUCAUUGGAUCGUACAUCUUUAUAGAGGAAGUCAUCAAAGUCAUUCAGCCAGUGCUACUUGGAAAGCUGAUCGAGUACUUUGAGAGCUACGACCCAGCUAACUUACCUGCAGUCUCUGAGGCGUACAUCUAUGCUGCGGGCAUCUCACUCUCAACCAUCAGUCUGACUGUCCUUCACCAUCUCUAUUUCUACCACGUUCAACGAGCUGGGAUGAAGAUUCGCGUGGCCGUGUGCCAUAUGAUCUAUCGAAAGGCUCUGUGUCUUAACAGCUCAGCCCUGGCCAAAACAACUACAGGACAGAUUGUGAACCUCUUAUCCAAUGAUGUCAACAAGUUUGACGAGGUCACAUUAUACUUGCACUUUCUGUGGAUCGGUCCCCUGCAAGCAGCGUCUGUGAUAAUAUUGUUGUUGUAUGCGAUCGGCCCGUCGUGUCUUGCAGGAAUGGCUGUCUUCUUCUUUAUGAUGCCAGUACAGACCAUGUUUGGACGUUUGUUCUCAAGACUCAGGGCUGAAACAGCAGUCUUAACAGAUGAGAGAAUUCGCACAAUGAGUGAAGUCAUUUCUGGGAUCCGAGUUAUAAAGAUGUACGGGUGGGAGAAGCCUUUUGGUGCGCUGGUGGAUGAGGUCAGAAGAAUGGAAAUCUCUAAGAUCAUGAAAAGCUCUUACCUGCGUGCCCUGAACAUGGCGUCUUUCUUUGCGGCCAGCAAGGUCAUCAUCUUCGUCACCGUCUGCGUUUAUGUACUAACAGGGAACAAGUUGUCUGCCAGCAGAGUGUUCAUGGCAGUUACCCUCUACGGGGCAGUGCGACUCACCAUCACGCUCUUUUUCCCCUGUGCCAUAGAGAAGGUCUCUGAGUCUCUCAUCAGCAUAGAAAGGAUUAAACAAUUUCUUCUGCUGGAUGAAGUUGCUCCUCAGCAUCUAGGCCUUCCUGUGGCAGAGAAGGACUGCAUGGUGAAAAUUCAGGACUUAAUAUGCUACUGGAAUAAGACUCUUGAAACUCCAACCUUGCAGAACAUGUCUUUCGCAGUGAGAUCAGAGCAGCUCCUGGCAGUAAUUGGACCUGUUGGAGCUGGAAAGUCCUCGCUCCUUAGUGCCAUACUGGGAGAACUGAGCCAGGAAAGUGGUGUCAUCAAAGUCAAAGGAGAGCUUACAUACACUUCUCAGCAACCCUGGAUUUUACCCGGUACAAUUCGAAGCAACAUCCUUUUUGGCAAGGAGCUCAACCUCAAGAAGUAUGAUAGAGUACUGAGAGCCUGUGCCCUAAAGAGAGACAUGGACCUGCUGCCAGGUGGCGACUUGGCGAUUGUCGGGGACAGAGGGGCCAAUCUCAGCGGAGGACAGAAGGCAAGGGUCAGCUUAGCAAGAGCAGUGUACCAGGAUGCAGAUAUCUAUUUGCUUGAUGACCCUCUCAGUGCUGUGGAUGCUGAGGUGGGCCGGCACCUCUUUGAGGAGUGUAUUUGUGGACUUCUGAGGAAGAAGCCUCGUAUCCUGGUUACUCAUCAGCUACAGUAUCUGAAGGCUGCCGAUCAGAUCGUCGUCUUAAAGGAGGGCCAGAUGGUGGCCCGAGGGACCUACAGUGAGUUGCAGGGCUCUGGACUAGAUUUCACCUCUCUGCUUAAGGAGGAUAAGGACCAGGACGAGCAGAGGCAGAACACCACUCCUCUCCCAGGCACCGUCUCUGGCCUCCCCCACGCACUCUCUGACAACUCAUCUAUGUCUUCCCUUUCUUCCUCACGUUUCUCUUUGAUUGAGGGAACAGAGCCACUUGCAAUGGUAGUGCAACCAACAAAGGAGGAAAGCCGCUUUGAAGGCAACGUCGGCCUGCAUAUGUAUGUGAAAUAUUUCAUGGCAGGUGCUAACUUCUUGGUCCUCUUGGUCCUCAUUUUAUUGAAUGCCCUUGCACAUGUUACAUUUGUUCUGCAGGACUGGUGGCUUGCGUGCUGGGCCUCUGAACAGAAGCACAUCAGUGUGACCGAGCACCUCAAUGGCAGCUUCCCUCGGCAGCUGGACCUUGACCUGUACCUAGGUGUUUACGCAGGUUUAACAGCCACUUCAGUUGUGUUUGGCUUCGUACGCAGUCUGGUCUUCUUCAAUGUCCUGGUGAGCUCAGCCCAGACCCUUCACAACAACAUGUUUAACGCCAUCCUCCGGACGCCAAUACAUUUUUUUGAUAUCAACCCAAUUGGAAGAAUCCUCAACAGGUUUUCGAAGGACAUCGGUUACCUGGACUCUCUGCUUCCGUGGACGUUUGUGGACUUUAUCCAGGUAUUUCUGCAAGUCAUCGGAGUGAUUGCAGUAGCUGCUGUCAUCAUCCCCUGGAUUCUUAUUCCUGUUGUUCCUCUUCUUGUUGUCUUCCUGUUUCUGCGAUGCUACUUUUUGCAGACCUCCAGGGACAUCAAGCGUCUAGAAUCUACCACUCGGAGUCCUGUUUUCUCCCACCUUUCCUCCUCUCUUCAAGGCCUGAGCACCAUCCGUGCCUUCAAGGUUCAGCAGAGGUUCCAGCAAAUGUUUGAUGAGUAUCAAGAUCUUCACUCAGAGGCCUGGUUCUUAUUCCUGACUACCUCCCGCUGGUUUGCCGUGCGACUCGAUGGAAUUUGCUCAGUUUUUGUCACCAUUACUGCUUUUGGCUGUCUUUACCUCAGGGAUGGACUGGAACCAGGUGCAGUGGGUCUGGCUCUGUCUUAUGCAGUUACGCUCACAGGCAUGUUCCAGUGGGGCGUCAGACAGAGUGCAGAAAUUGAGAACAUGAUGACAUCAGUGGAGAGAGUGGUUGAGUAUGCAGAGCUGGAGAGUGAGGCACCAUGGGAGACAGACAAACAGCCACCGAGCGAUUGGCCCAAAGCAGGCUGCAUCACUUUUGACAGAGUCAACUUCUCUUACAGUGCCAGUGAACCUUUGGUCCUGAAGAACCUGAGUCUUGUCUUCAAAUCUAGAGAAAAGGUUGGCAUUGUUGGACGCACUGGUGCUGGUAAAAGCUCCCUGAUCUCUGCCUUGUUCCGGCUGGCAGAACCUGAGGGAAGAAUAACGAUUGAUGGAUUUCUGACGUCUGAGAUUGGUCUUCACACACUGCGACAGAAAAUGUCUAUCAUCCCACAGGACCCAGUUCUCUUUACGGGCACCAUGAGGAAGAAUCUGGACCCUUUCAAGCAGCACACAGAUGAGGACCUGUGGAAUGCACUCCAAGAGGUGCAGAUGAAGGCCAUGGUGGACGAGCUGCCCAGCAAGCUGGAGACGGUGCUGACGGAGUCGGGCUCUAACUUCAGCGUGGGCCAGAGGCAGCUAGUGUGCCUGGCCAGGGCCAUCCUCCGGAAAACCCGCGUCCUCAUUAUUGAUGAGGCCACUGCUAAUGUGGACCCAAGAACUGAUGGCCUCAUCCAGCAGACUAUCCGGGACAAGUUUCAAGAGUGCACAGUCCUGACCAUUGCUCACAGGCUAAACACUAUCAUUGACUGUGACAGAAUACUGGUUCUGGAUGCUGGCAGGAUCCAGGAGUAUGAUGAGCCAUAUGUGCUGCUCCAGAACCAGGAUGGGCUCUUCUACCAGAUGGUCCAACAGACAGGCAGAGCUGAGGCUGCCUCGCUCCUGCACACAGCCAAACAGGUUUACGCGAACAAAAAGCGGCUGACUGACGUGCGCCGUGACGAGGACAUCCGCGUCAUCUUCGAGACGUCCCUUUGACGGUUUGGAGGGUCGCUGUGGUCCUCGUGUUAGCCAUCAGUGACCAAGUAUUUUAGCAGACACACCGAUAUUCCUAAAUGUCUUCAGGCCUAGUGCAGUGUAGUGUGUGCUCCAUUUGAUUAGCAUAGACCCAUGGUAUGGAACAGAAAGGAGGCACACGCCUGAGGUGGGCUGUGCCUUUCAUUGACAGCAUAUUACUGCAUGGCUGUUUAUUGAUUGCAAACGGCUAUAUUUAUGUAGGUGUGUCCUGGCUUCUGGGGUAUCUAUGGUGGGGAACUGGUGCUCAAAAGAGUGUCAAUAUUCUGUGUGCAAUAAAUUACCUGUGGCUUAAAUUGUUCUUUUAAGGAAAACAUUGUUUUAUAGGAAUAAAGUCUUUUCAUUACUUGAAAAGUGCUUGACAAGCCAAGGAGAACCUCAGAGGGGACAUGGAUGCUUUCUGUAAUUAUUGUGCCUUAAUCACGCGAUUGAUUCCUAGUAAUUGCACUGUUUGUAAAUUGAAUGGUUUUCCUGCACUUUGACUCUAUCGGUUUUAUGUCUACCUCAUCUCUAGUGAGCAAAGACCAGUAACAGUUGGCAAUGAUACUGACUAAUAUCAAGGAACAAGGAACAAGAUGCCUCUGAACUUUCUGUCCUGGCUCGUUUCAUUAACGCGCACGAGUUUAUUUAAGAAUGUAACACUUUUAUGCAGGUAAUUAUGUGGUUGGAACUGAGUGAGAUUAUUUAUAUCCUGGUAAUUAUUCGCGCUGUUUGAUUUUUUACAUCUUUGUCUACGGCUCGUAACACAAAUGGAAGGUAAGAUUUCAAGCAGUUUGCACUUUGCAGUCUCUAAGUCAUAAAGAAGUGCGAAGAAUGCUCACUUGUAACUGACACUAGAUUCGUUUCAAAUUUCAUUUAAUA